ACGAGUGGUGACGAAUGUCGCACUCGGUCACACCGGCAAACAGAUAAGUUACUGCAAAUUCCCGGCGUUGCGUAAGGGCAACAAUGGGGUCACCUUAUUGAUUGCGCACACCACGGUCGUGAAGUCGCUACCUGUGUGGUUGUGUACACAGUCGUCGCCAUGGACGCUUCAACUUCAGGUGUGUGACCGCGCUGAUGACGUCACAUGGCGGAGUGAGCAGACAGACCUUGCAUGGCAAAGCUUGAAAAGAUGAACUACAGGGAAUGGUCGAGCGCAACUCCAAAAGCCAGGAGAACAGCCAUCAGGAAGAUGAAGGAAGCUGGCCUGGUAGAGAAGAGACGCCUGGAGAGGGAGGGUCUCCUUCCCGACUAUGACUACCCCGACCCUAAGGGAACGCAGAGAUCGUCAGGACAGAAGAGGGGGCCAAUCACCGUCCUCAAUGACAACCCAGGCCCUUGCUACAACAUCUAUCCUCCUAGAAGCAUUGGAGUGACUCUCUGUGGACGAGGCCUUGCCAGGAGCCAGGUCAUCCUUGUGGACGGAGAUGACCUCAUCAACGACAACGACGGCGGAAAAGCAUCACCUCUCCCCGUUGACACAGUCGCCAGACCGAGAGAGGGAAGAACAGAAGCAAAUCAGGAGAGAGACCGAAAAGAAAGCGUCUAUCAGAGCACACACAAUGCACAAGCUCUAACGGAGACGAAACUCAAACCUGAAUUCCGGGUUAAGCUUCAAACAAGGAAGUUGUACCCAGAAUAUGCAUACUACAAGUGUGACGGACCUAUCCACUCCAUUACAGCACGCCAACGGCCAUCUUACAUACCAGAAUCAGGAAGCCCUGGACCUAUGUAUGACACUAGGGACAGCACACGUUCACCAGCGUUUUCCUUUGGUAUACGCCAUCAUCCACGUUGUCUUCGGGUUUCCGAAGCCGGUGUACUUGUACAUCAGUGAUUAUCAGUAAUGGGAAGAAUGGAAAGCUUGGUUGUGCUCGUCGACAACGAACAUUUUCUGGUCCGAGCCUAAAAGUUUUUUCCCUUUUACUUAAGCCCAUCCGAGAGUGGGUUAUUGAGUUGGAUUUUACCCGGUUUGUUUAAUAAAAGUAGCUGUGUGAAUGUUGAUCCUAAUUUAUACGUGAUCGACCGUGUAGAGGUACCACGAUUUAUGUUAUUCCAGAAUGCGUCAUUCCUUUCAUGUACAUCUUGAAGGGAUUACGACAUAAUAAACGCCAUUAAACCAUC